UGUACUGUGGCGCGGGAAGAAGAAGCUGUUGUGACGGAGUGAAGCUUAGUUUUAGUUUUUCAGAGACAAAAUAUCGCAAAAGAGACAACAAGCCAAACAAAGAGACUACAUCACACCGAUGAUCAUUGACGUCACAGCUUUGAUAAAAAGGAAACAUGCAGGCGUUUUUGAAAGGAUCUGCGGUUCAGUCUGUCAGAGCUCAGAAAGAUAAAACCUCGUCGUCUUCAUCAGCAGGAGCUGAGAGGAAAACCAGAGCUGUGCCCUGGGUAGAGAAGUACAGACCAAAGUGUGUGGAUGAAGUGGCCUUUCAGGAGGAGGUGGUGGCAGUUCUGAAGAAGUCUCUGGAUGGAGCAGAUCUCCCUAACCUCCUGUUCUAUGGACCUCCUGGGACAGGAAAGACCUCCACCAUUCUGGCAGCUGCCAGAGAACUUUAUGGUCCUCAGCUCUUCAGACAGAGGGUGCUGGAACUCAACGCUUCGGAUGAACGAGGUAUCCAAGUGGUCAGAGAGAAGGUGAAGAACUUUGCUCAGCUGACAGUGGCAGGAAGUCGACCAGAUGGGAAGCCCUGUCCUCCGUUCAAGAUCAUCAUCCUGGAUGAAGCAGACUCCAUGACAGCUCCAGCUCAGGCUGCUCUCAGGAGAACCAUGGAGAAGGAGUCUCGCACCACACGCUUCUGCCUCAUCUGUAACUACAUCAGCAGGAUCAUCGAACCACUGACAUCCAGAUGUUCUAAAUUUCGCUUCAAGCCUUUGGCCAAUCAGAUUCAAGAGGAGAGGCUGCUGUCAAUCUGUGAGAAGGAGGAGCUAAAGUACAGCAGAGAGAGUAUCUCAGCUUUGGUGCAGGUGUCGGAGGGCGACCUGCGGAAGGCCAUUACCCUGCUCCAGAGUGCCGCCCGCCUCAGUAUGGACAGAGAGAUCACAGAGACUAGUGUCAUUGAAAUCGCUGGGGUGGUUCCUCCAAAAACCAUCGACAAGUUGCUGCAGGUCUGCUUCAGAGGAACAUUUGAGAAACUGGAGGUGGUGAUCAGAGAGCUAGUGGAUGACGGCUACGCUGCAACUCAGAUCCUGACUCAGCUCCACGAUGCCAUUGUUGAAGGCCAUCUGAGUGACAAGCAGAAGUCGGCCAUCACUGAGAAGAUGGCGGUGGUGGGGAAGUGUCUGUUGGAUGGAGCGGACGAAUACCUCCAGUUGUUAAGUUUGUGUUCGCUCAUCAUGCACCAGUCCAACAACUGACCAACACACCUCCACUUCCUGGUUCUCCACUUCCUGAGACACAAAGUUUGAUUCCACCGAACAGCAGUGUCACAACAACAUCAAAACUCACUUCUUCAUGCCACCUCCUUUAUUCCUCUCCUGCUUCAGUCAGUGGACCCUUCUCCUGCACUAACUCCACUUCCGAUUUCCCUAGAACCAAACUUUUUUCUGAUCCAGAAUUUUCUUUAUUGGACAAAUGGUAAUAAAAAAGGAAAAUCAU